UAAUACUUAAUAAUAACUAGAACAUUUUACACCAUUUCUACAUCGGACAUGUGGGGUGCAACAGUUGUCGCAUCCAGUUUAGUGUUAUACAUGAUCUAAUCUUUACUUGAGUUUUUAUAUAUUAUUUUUAAUUAGAUAUUGUUUCUGUUUUGGUUCAAUAACAUUGUAAAAAGACACUGAUAGACUUCUGACCUUUCUGACCUUUUUAUAUUAUUUCAACUAAGCUUUAUAAGCUUUUCCUCUUUGCCCUGGUUAUUAAAAUCCCAGUAAUCUUUAUUGCUGAUUAGAAUCAAAUAUAGUGAAAUUAUUGUGUCUGUCUCUAUCACAAAUGAUCUAAUACUUGUUGCGUAUUUAAAAAAACAACUAAACUUUACUUUAAGGCUGCUUAGAUGUGUAGUACUUUGCAAGCUGAAAGUAUCUUGAAAAUAAAAAAAAUGCCCACCGCGUCAGAUGUGUCACCCUAUCUAGUAUUCAAAUGGGAGCAAAUGCGAGCCUAUUAUCUGUGAGGCAGUGCUGUCUGUGGUCACUGACAUCAUAGCUUCCUUAUCUGAGUCAAACCUGAGCACCACAAGAGUGCCGUGCAAUUUUCUUGCGUAAGCCAUCGUCCUUUUUUCUUUCAUUUAUCUUAGUUCCUUUGUAGCUUGUUGUGCUCUCCGUGUGUCUAUAACGAAUCUUCCGCUGUAAAUAGUUUUCGGAAUGACACCAUUACUGUUUAAAGAUGCAUUUUGGGGCCCAGAUUUUACCAGUAACAUCGGAUAUGAAGCUCUUAUCCAGAGACUAUGCGAUGGGCGACGAGCGUGCAAAGACAUGGAGGAGCUCCUAAAAAUGAGAGCGAUGGCAGAGGAUCGAUAUGGCAAAGAAUUAAUAACUAUAGCACGCAAGGCAGGGGGUCAAAGUGAAAUUGGCACUUUGAGGGCAUCUUUCGACCAACUAAAAACUCAAAUGGAAAACGUCGGAAAUUUGCACAUUCAGCUCUCGGGGAUGUUACGAGAGGAGGUGAAACGUAUGGAGCAAUUCAGAGAGCGACAAAAGGAGCAAAGAAAGAAGUUUGAGGCGGUCAUGGAAAAGGUUCAGAAGAUCAAGGUGUCUUUAUAUAAGAAAACCAUGGAGUCUAAAAGGACGUAUGAACAGAGAUGCAAAGAGGCUGAUGAGGCUGAACUGACUGCUGAAAAGCUCAACAAUACUUUAACCGUCACACCUAAACAAUGUGAAAAGACACAAAACAAAGCAAAACAGUGUAGAGAGGCAGCCACAGAUGCGGAGAGGCAGUACCUGUCAAACAUAGAGCAGCUGGAUAAGAUUCGGCAGGAAUGGGAAACGACACAUGAGUGCACGUGUGAGGUCUUCCAGCAGCAGGAAGACGAUCGCAUAAACAUUCUGAGAAAUGCUAUUUGGGUCCAUUGUAAUCACUUCUCCAUGCAAUGUGUCAAAGAUGAUGAGUGUUAUGAGGAAGUGAGGACAACUUUAGAAUUGUGUGACAUCCCAGCAGAUAUAAACAGUUUCGUCAACAUGAAAAGCACAGGCACCACUCCUCCAGCGCCCAUUGCAUUUCAGAACUACUAUGAUAAAGAAUCAUCAGGGGACAGCAAUGGCACGGCACGCUUUGGAGGAGGCGUUAUAAAGAGGUUUUCCCAUCUCUUGCAAUGCAACACUGCGAUUGGUUUAAAGAAUAAUACAGUUGAUGCUCCGCCACUGCCACCUACUGCUGAAGGCUCAGAUGGGGUGUAUGCCUCAAUUCCUGGAUUUAAACCAGAAACUCCAAACAAUGUUCCCUUUCAGAGUGAAAAAUACCAGGCUCUGUAUGACUAUGUUGCUCAGGGUGUUGAUGAGUUCUCCAUCUCCGUGGGUGAGGUGCUGCUUGUGGUGGAGCAGGGAGGAGACGGCUGGUGGACGGUGGAGAGGGACGGACAGACUGGACUGGUGCCAGGCUCCUAUUUGGUAAAGAUAUGAAUCCAGAGCUGGAGAGCACACUGGACAGUAUCUCGCUGUAUUUAAAUGCCAGUUAAUAGCAAAUUAAUUAAAGGAGCUGUGUGUAACAUUGACCUCUAGAGGCUAAAUGUUAUAUUGCAGUUUCGUGGAACUGGUGAUGGAAGGCUCAAGUUUAUUUGCUAAAUAUUACGUUUGCAAUGUUCUUGUUGAUUGCAAAUUACAAAAGUGCUUGUGUGUAUAGAGGUUGCGUCCACCGGUGGUUGCAUUUAUGGGCCAUUGCGCUCUCAUUUAAGUUAUGUAAUGGCAACCGAGCUGUCGAAAUACAGUGGGUAAAUUGGCAGUGGCAGGAUCACACAAAACCAAAACCAAAAUUUGAUCAGUAAGUUUUAUUUCAAAAAGACAAUAACUGGUCACAGCAUUGAUUUUCAGAGUAACAUAUCUUGCAUGUUACCUUAAAGGUGUAGUGGAGGAUUUUCUUGAAUUUUAGAAAAGAACCGCCUUCUUCACAUUUUUAAAAAAUGCAAUUGCGCAACACUCCUGAUUGACAACUAGAAGGACCAAUAGUCUUGAUGAUCCACCCGGAAAAGGAAAACACUCCGCAAUACCUUUAAUAUCUACAAAUAUAUUAUAGUAAUUUUUUGAUUUAGUAGAGUUUUAUACACAGCUCCUUUAAGGAUGCAAGUGGGGGAUUUCUGUUUGCUGAUCAGCAUUUGCAGUACACUCUUAAAAAUAUAUAAAUAAAAGGUAAGAAAUGGUUAUUUUAAAUGAAUGGUUCCCCUAUGGCACUGCUGUGAAGAGCCUUUCUGCUUCUUUAUUUUUAAGAGUGUAUUUUCUUUUUACGCCAUUUUUGGUGUAAUAAUGGGAUUAAUUUAUUGUUUUAUUGAAAUGUUAUUUAUUGUGAAUAAAAACAUGUAUACUAGACAAUGAUCUAGCCAUUAGAAUUAUGAUUUUAGUUUCUACAAAAGAGGAUUUAUGCACAUACUGUACAUACUGUAUACUUACAAAACUCAGGACUAUGUCUCUAUUUGAUGACUUUGUGGUCAGCUAGGAUUUUAUACUAGAAUGUAUCUAAUUUUAUAAUGUUGUAAUUAAUCAAUAUGGUGGCAUAAUUUGCACAAUAAAGUGGUGCAAUGAUGGUUCUUUCAUAGCCACGUCCACAUGUUUAUUACACAGAAUUUCCCAUUUAUUGUAACAUACAAAAGUUAUGUUAUUCACAGAAAUAUCAUGGGUUUGAAUCAACAUGAGCAUUUUCACAUGUGAUGAUGUUUGGAUUGGUUUAAAUGCUAUGUACAGUACUUUCCAUAUUGCAAAGACACCGUACGGCAUUGAAAACCAGUUUGCUGAGUGUAUCCGUGUAACAAAAGUAAUGAAAAGAGCCUGGCAAAAGAUUACCUUCUCAAGUUUCGUAAGUGGCUAAGAAUUGUGUUUUUUUAGGUAUUUGUUAAAGAGUUACAGCAAACUUUAAACACAUUGUGUCAUUGUACAUAUAUUAUUCUGUUAUAUAUUUGAGACAAUUUUACACAAAAUUAAUACGUCAUCAUUGUUGUCACAAUAAAGUGGGGAAUCUGUAUAUGCAAGAAUAUAAAUACUGUGUUGACAGUUAAACACAAUUUUCAAUGUUUCAGUUGUGUGCAACACAAAUAAAAACUCAUUCAUAGCGAACAAUGCAGUGCUGUGCAUAUACCUCUACUAAGUUAACUAUGCUGAUUAACCAAAUCCAUUUGGAGGAAUAUUUUGUCAGUAAAAUGAAAUGAGUAAA